UCUAACGGACUGCCCGGUGCGAGGCGUCAUUCAGCUAAUAAUCACGAUUUAACGUUAAAUUCACUUCAGUGUCACUGUAGUCUUUUCCUUACAUGUAGCGAAUUAAAAUGACUUGUUCCCACAGACGCGAACUGGCGACUUAAUAUUAAAAUCAGAAGUUUCCCUUUAUUUUCUGCAGUAUGGCGACGACGGCGCUUUUCACUGCGCACUGACCAUUAUUUUGGAAAACAGACUUAUAACAGACAAUGUUACUAACAGCUGGUCGCCUCUCCAAAGUGCUGCAGCUCACCCUGGCGGUCAUCAAACCAGACGCUGUGGCUCAUCCUCUGAUGUUAGAGGCUCUUCACCAGAGGAUCCUGGACAACAACUUUGUCAUUGUCAGAUGCAAAGAUCUCGUGUGGAGGAGGCAAGACUCGGAGAGGUUUUACGCCGAACAUUCAGGUCGAUUCUUCUUUCAAAGACUUGUUGAAUUCAUGUCAAGUGGUCCAAUGCGCGCGUACAUUUUAGCCAGAGAGGACGCCAUACGUCACUGGAGAGAACUGAUGGGACCCACCAAAGUGUUCAGAGCCAGAUACACCUCCCCUGCCUCCAUCAGGGCCCAGUUUGGACUCACAGACACACGGAACACAACUCACGGCUCAGAUUCUGUUGAGUCAGCACAAAGAGAAAUCAGUUUCUUCUUCCCAGACUUCUGUGUGGAGGAGUGGAUGGAGAAAGACGAGCCACUGUUCAGAUCCGGACAGAUACAUUUUGAUCAUCAAAAACAGAUCCACACGCUUUCGGCGCAAAGCUGACCCCAGAGCUGCUGUUACAGUCACCGAUCAGGUCAAAGACAAAAGCAGAAAGACUCUGCCGUUGAGUAUCCAUCGCUCAUAGAAAAAUGCAAGCCACCAGAGGUGAUGCCACAUGCUGUAUGUGAUACUGUCAUUGUGCAUGUUAAUUGUUCAACUCAAUUCCCCCAAGUGCCAAUAUGUUCAUCCCACGUCUGUGUUAUUAAAAGUGAUUUUCCCUCCAA